CAGAGGUGCGAAGAAAAACAGUUCAACACAAACACACAAUGCAACAACAACAACAUCUGAUGCAACAGCUGCUGAACCAUUGGGGCUUUUUUCAGUUGACGUAAUUUGUGUCAAGAUGAGAAUGAAAGUUUGUGAAAGAAUUUUCUUUUACGAAGAUAAAGUCAAUGGUAGUUUUAUUACAGGAGGAAACAUCAGAAAUAGCAACACAAAAUAAGGAUGACAUAUUUUUAAAGUGCAUUUUUAAAUUUUCAAGUGUUGAAUAUGUGGCGCAUGAAAAGAAAUUCAACAUUCUUUGUUUGAUAUAAAAAUUAUAAAUUUGUUUUAGGUGAGUUUCAGUUUCUCCCCAAUUCUGUCCAAACAUUCACUGAAUCUGAUAAACUGAUAAACUGAUUAUUUAAGAAGGUCAAAGGUCAGAGUUUGUUCACCUCCAGGGUUUUCUUUUUUACUUUUGACCAGUUUGUCACUCAAAGGUGAAGUGACCACAUUUCAGGGGUCAAAGGUCAAAUGGGCUUUGUCUGAAUCUGGAAAACAACCAGAAUGUGAUAGUUGUGCUGUUUUUCUGUCUUCUGCUGUGAGACAGUGAGAGAGGACGUCCCUCAGAGACGGAUACCAGGGACGUCAGAGUCCAACAGACGAGCGGGAACGAGGAGGAUAAAUUGAGAAGCUGUAAGAGAGGCAGUUACAGGAGGUAACCAGGGAGCUCUGAAGAUGGAGGACGGGGGGGAGCUCUGCUUCCCACUUCACAUCAACACCUCCUGCAGGAGGCCCAGCUCCACCUGGCCCGAAGCCCUGCUGGUGCACGUGGUUCUGUACUCGGUGUCCGUCCUCACUGUGGCUCUCAACCUGCUGGUCAUCAUCUCCAUCUCCCACUUCAGGCAGCUCCACUCUCCCACCAACCUCCUCCUCCUGUCUCUGGCUGUCUCAGAUUUCCUGGUGGGCCUCCUGCUGAUGCCCGGAGAGGUCCUGAGGAAGUGGUCCUGCUGGUUCCUCGGGGAUCUGCUGUGUUCUCUCUACAACUAUGUGUCGUUCAUCGUGACCAUGGCCUCAGUGGGAGACAUGGUGCUGAUAUCUGUCGACCGCUACGUGGCCAUUUGUGACCCGCUGCGCUACGGGACCCGGGUCACCGAGGGCCGGGUCAAAGUGUGUGUGUGUGUGUGUUGGCUCGGCUCUGUGUUCUACAGCAGCCUGCUGGUGAAGGACGAGCUGCUGCGUCCGGACAGGUUCAACUCCUGCUCCGGAGAAUGUCUGAUCGUCAUUGGUUAUGUUGAAGGGGUCGUGGACCUGGUGGUGACCUUCGUGGUUCCCAUCACGGUGAUCCUGGUUCUGUACACGCGGGUGUUCGUGGUGGCCGUGGCUCAGGCCCGGGCGAUGCGCUGCCACGUCACCGCCGUCACGCUGCAGCUCUCAGUGAGCGUGAGCAGGAGGUCGGAGCUGAAAGCAGCCAGGACGCUCGGGGUCCUCGUCCUCGUCUUUCUCUUAUGUUUCUGUCCAUAUUACGGAGUCGCUCUGGCAGGAGAGCACCUGCUCAAUUCCUCCUCUGGGUCCUUUGUGUUGUUCCUCUUCUACUUCAACUCUUGUCUCAACCCACUGAUCUACGCCUUGUUCUACCCGUGGUUCAGAAAGGCAGCGACUCUCAUUCUCAACCUUCAGAUCCUGCAGCCGGGUUCCUCUCAGGCUCAGGUCCUGUAGACGUUCUGCUCCUCACACCUUGAGGCAGAUUAUGAAAAAUGUUUCAUCAAAGUCUCUUUUUCCUCUGAGAUGAAAACACUGACGAGCAGAGAAAUGACGAGUUCAGCAGCAAACACACACACAUGGAAUAUGUGUAAAUAUUAUAUGUUACCUAUAAAUGUGUUCUUCUCACAUAUAUUCAUCUCAUGGUUUCAUGUGUGGUAUAUGUUUUCUAUAUACCUAAAACAUGUUUUAGGUAUACAAAAAAAAAUCUCUAUAAGACAAAUAUUUGUUGGGUGCUUUAUGAUAUGAUGACUUAUAGUAUUUCUCUGGAUUAUUUU